CUUAGCCGGCACUGGGGCAUGUGCGCAGGCGCGAGGGCGGCCGCUCGCCUGAAGCAGGAGGGAGGGGGAGGCGGUGAGAGAGCGCAAGGGGUGAGAGGGCGCGAGCGGGACCCCCGCGCCUGGCGCCCCGGGACCCCUGCCACGCCUCCGCGCGCCGGGCGGCGGCCCGCGCGCCGCCCCCGUCCCCGACGCGCGCCGGGCCGCGCCCUUAGCCUUUCCCCUUCCUUGGCGGGCGGCGCGGAGCGGCCUGAGGGGCGGCGCCUUCUGCGGCCGCCCCGGCGGGGGGAUGUGAGGGGAGGCCCGCGGCCAUGGAGACGGGCCCGGCGCCCCUGGUGGCCCCGCCGCGCCGUCAUGGCGCCCCCGCGGCCCCCUCGCCGCCGCCCCGCGGCUCCCGGGCCGGACCCGUCGUGGUGGUGGCUCCGGGGCCGCCAGUGACCACGGCCACUUCGGCCCCGGUCACCCUGGUGGUCCCCGGGGAGGCGCAGCCCGCCUGGGUACCGGGGCCCACCCAGACCUCGGCCCCGGCCCCGGCCCCGACCGUCUCGAGCAGCACAGUGGUGGUGCUGACGCUGGAGGCCUCAUCCGAAGCCGCGAGGGCGCAGGUCUCCGCUGGCUCAGAACCCCUGGUGCCCGCGGCAGUGGCAGGAGCCGAGAUGUCCAUGGCUUUGGGCCCGGGGGCAGACUCUCCGAAGACGGAGGAGGCUAGAGCCUCCCCCACCCCUGGACCAGGUACCCCCACCGGGACCCCCACCAGGACCCCUUCCAGAACGGCUCCUGGGGCUCUGACCGCCAAACCCCCGCUUGCCCCCAAGCCGGGAACCACAGUUGCCUCAGGAGUGACUGCGCGGGUUGCAGCAGUGACAGCAGGACAGGUGACAAGUGGACAUGGAGCUGCAGCAGCAACAUCAGCAUCAACUGCACAGGCUCUAGAGGACCCCUCAGGGCCUGGCCCAGGGCCUUCAGGGACAUGUGAGGCUCUCGUAGCUGUCGUGACGGUCACCCCAGCCCCGGAGCCUGCUGAAAAUUCUCAGGACCUAGGCUCCACGUCCAGCCUGGGACCCGGCAUCUCUGGGCCUCGAGGGCAGGCCCCGGACACUCUGAGCUACUUGGACUCCGUAAGCCUCAUGUCUGGGACCUUGGAGUCCUUGGCAGAUGAUGUGAGCUCCAUGGGCUCAGACUCGGAGAUAAAUGGGCUGGCCCUGCGCAAGACGGACAAGUAUGGCUUCCUUGGGGGCAGCCAGUAUUCGGGCAGUCUAGAAAGCUCCAUUCCUGUAGAUGUGGCUCGGCAGCGGGAGCUCAAAUGGCUGGAGAUGUUCAGUAACUGGGAUAAGUGGCUGUCACGGCGUUUCCAGAAGGUGAAGCUGCGCUGCCGGAAGGGGAUCCCCUCUUCCCUCAGAGCCAAGGCCUGGCAGUACCUGUCCAAUAGCAAGGAACUCCUGGAGCAGAACCCCGGCAAGUUUGAGGAGCUGGAACGGGCGCCUGGGGACCCCAAGUGGCUGGAUGUGAUUGAGAAGGACCUGCACCGCCAGUUCCCUUUCCAUGAGAUGUUUGCCGCUCGAGGGGGGCAUGGGCAACAGGACCUGUACCGAAUCCUGAAGGCCUACACGAUCUACCGGCCCGAUGAGGGCUACUGCCAGGCCCAGGCCCCAGUGGCCGCCGUGCUGCUCAUGCACAUGCCUGCUGAGCAAGCUUUCUGGUGCCUGGUGCAGAUCUGCGACAAGUACCUCCCCGGUUACUACAGUGCAGGGCUGGAGGCCAUUCAGCUGGACGGAGAAAUCUUUUUCGCGCUGCUGCGCCGGGCCUCCCCCCUGGCGCACCGUCACCUGCGGCGGCAGCGCAUUGACCCCGUGCUCUACAUGACCGAGUGGUUCAUGUGCAUCUUCGCCCGCACCCUGCCCUGGGCGUCAGUGCUGCGCGUCUGGGAUAUGUUCUUCUGUGAAGGCGUCAAGAUCAUCUUCCGGGUGGCCCUGGUGCUGCUGCGGCACACGCUGGGCUCGGUGGAGAAGCUGCGCUCCUGCCAGGGCAUGUACGAGACCAUGGAGCAGCUGCGCAACCUGCCCCCGCAGUGCAUGCAGGAGGACUUCCUGGUGCAUGAGGUGACCACCCUUCCGGUGACAGAAGCACUGAUUGAGCGAGAGAACACGGCCCAGCUCAAGAAGUGGCGGGAAACCCGGGGGGAGCUGCAGUAUCGGCCCUCUCGGCGACUGCAUGGCUCCCGGGCCAUCCAUGAGGAGCGGCGGCGGCAGCAGCCACCCCUGGGCCCCUCCUCCAGCCUUCUUAGCCUCCCUGGCCUCAAGAGCCGAGGUUCCCGGGCAGCCGGGGGGGCCCCCUCUCCACCCCCUCCUGCCCGCAGGGCCAGCGCUGGGCCUGCCCCAGGGCCUGUGGUCACCGCUGAGGGACUGCAUCCAUCCCUUCCUUCACCUACUGGCAACAGCACCCCACUGGGUCCCAGCAAGGAGACUCGAAAGCAGGAGAAGGAGCGGCAGAAACAGGAAAAGGAACGUGAGAAGGAACGGCAGAAACAGGAGAAAGAACGGGAAAAGCAGGAGAAGGAGCGGCAGAAGUGGGAAAAAGAGCAGGAGAAAGAGCGGCAGAAGCAGGAAAAGAAGGCCCAAGGCAGGAAGCUCUCGCUGCGUCGAAAGGCAGAUGGGCCCCCAGGCCCCCAGGAUGGUGGGGACAGGUCCUCGGCAUCUGAGGCCCGGCAGGAUGCUUACUUCUGACCUCUAUCUCGGGGCUGGACUGCAUGGCCUCCCUCUUUUUUCCUCAGUCAAGAGCAGGCCCGGCUUGGGGUGCUGCCCCAAGCUUCUUGGGCACGUCACUCUUUCUGGGGAAAGCGGUUUGGCUCCCCAUCUCCUUGCCAGCUGCUGAUCCCUACACAGCUGGGACAGUGAGUGCACGGGGCAGCUGCCUUUCCUCGGGGUAGCCGUGAACAAAUCUGGAGCCCCCUCACCUCCAGUUGGGCCCAGCUGGGGUUUCUGUCACUCCUGCCCCAGUUCCCUCUGGGGUCCUUCCCAGGUGCAGUCCUGAUUGGCCUUUUGUCACCUCAGGGGUGACUUGGCGAUGGGAAUCAGCAGUUUUCAGAUUCUUACACCAGUUGCUCCCCUUAUCCGUGAGUGGAGCUGGGUUCCUUUUUCCCUUCUUCAGCUCUGCUGGUCUCCCCCUCUUCGUGCCUGGGGGCCGAGGCUCUCCUCGCUCUACUCUGGACAUCUCUGUGUUGUAACUAUGUACAGAGGACCUGGUGGGUCCAGGGUGGAGGUGUUUGCUCUACCUUCUGUCCUUUAGUUCUCCUUCCACAAUGUUCUUGCACUCAUUUAUUUAAGGGGACAUGCACUGGAACAGGCCAUGUUCCCGGGACCUCUUCCCACCCGCCAUCCUCCUUGCUCUCUUUCCUCUUCACCCACCUUCCUGUGUAUUCUCAGGCUUCUGCUUUGUCUCCACCAGGGUCCCCACCUUUCACCUUGUUCCCCCUCCAGGCCCUAUCUGGGGAAGGGGUCUUCCCUUGAGCUCCAGGGGGUGGAACCCAAUGUUUACAUUCUCUUCUCUCUCUGCUCCCACCCUGUGCGGCGCUUUGAGGAACCAGAAAAGAACCUGCUGUUGUACCUGG